CGUCGGCGCAUCUUGCCCAAGCCGGUGAUGUGUUGCGUUCAUAAUGCGAUAUUGCGAGAGGUAGCAGGUCGCAGAAACUGACUGGUGACAGCACAUCGCUUAUAUCAUAGUAUGUUCAGGACAAUGAUAUAAAAACUCGAAGAGCGAACCGCAGAUGACCCAUCUGUCGCUAGUCUAGGUGUCUGUGACAUGUCUUCUGGCGUGAUCAUCCUCUUUGUGGCUGCAGCCGCAGUUUUCGUCUACAGCCGUCGACGCGGUAGAUUACCACUACCCCCUGGGCCACCUCCGAAGCUCUUUAUCGGAAAUGCCCAUGAACUUCUGCCAAAGAACGAGCCUUGGCGGACGUAUGUCAAGUGGGCUGAAAUCUAUGGGCCCAUAUUAUCCUUCCGCGUGCCCAACCGGCAGUUCAUAGUUCUCAGCUCCCUGAAGGUGGCUACUGAACUGCUCGAUGUGCGCGCCACUACGUAUUCUGAUCGUCCAAAAAUAUGGAUGAUAGAACUUGCGAAGCGCAAUUUGAACCCGUUCAAUGUAUCUUUCAAACACCCGUAUUUCAAGGAGUAUCGCACGGCCCUCAAGAACGGACUGAGUACCCGCACUAUACUAAACUACCAGUCGGUGCAAGCUGACGAAUGUCGUGUGCUGCUCAACGGUCUGCACAAGAACCCUGACGAUUUCGCCGAUCACAUCAGAAGGAACACAGCGGCCAUUGUCCUUAAUCUCGCAUACGGCUGGAAGGUCGCCGACGAUAACGAUCAUUUCGUUAAGAUGUUGAGCGUAGCCUUUGAAUCUAAUGCCAUACUAUCCCUGCCUGGACGUUGGUGGGUCGAAGGGAUGCCAUUUUUGCGUUUCCUACCUUCAUGGUUCCCAGGGGCAGGUUUCAAGCGCGCGGCUAUUGACUACGGGAAAAAGUUGGGUAGCCUUGACACAAUACCAUUUAACUGGACCAAACAGCAAAUACAAGGCGGCAGUUAUACGCGUUCCUUCGUUUCAGAUCAGCUCCUUCCAGAGGAUGGGUCCACGGUCAGCCCCCGAAUUGAAGAUAUCACCAUGAGGUGCGGUCAGGUGAUCUAUGGAGGGGGAUCUGACACCACGGCAUCAUCCAUGAAGUCUUUUAUUCUGGCGAUGGUGAUUUAUCCCGAGGUGCAGAAGCUUGCGCAGGCAGAGAUCGAUGCCGUCGUGGGUCAGGACCGAUUUCCCACGUUCGAGGACAGAGACAAGCUUCCGUACGUCCAAGCGCUCGCCCUGGAGCUCCUCCGCUGGGCACCUGUAUCUCCGCAAGGGCUCCCGCACCACGCAAUGAGGGACGACGUCUACGAAGGGUACCGCAUCCCCAAGGGUGCAGCCGUCAUCGCGAACCUUGUUUCCAUGUCACGGGAUAAAGAAAUGUACCCCGACCCAACGGUGUUCAAGCCUGAGCGCUUCCUCGGUCCCUCGCCCCAGUCAGACCCUCGCAAGUGGUUCUUUGGUUUCGGGCGUCGUAGAUGCCCCGGGUCGCAUCUUGCGGAAGCUACGUUGUUCCUCAAUAUUUCUUGCAUCCUGGCUGCGUUCACAAUCGCCAAACCGCUUGAUGAGAGAGGGAAAGAGUUCACACCUCCUCCAGAAUACCACAAUGUUGGUGUGCUCUGGCACCCUAAACCAUUCAAGUGCAGGUUCAUGCCGAGGAACCAGGAUCUGCUGGCAACUCUCUCGCACUAAUCAGGACAUCAGCCGAAUUGGGCUAACCCCCACGGAUUAGUAUGUUCACAGUAGAUCGUAUGUACACCACAAGAAGUUAGUUAGGCUUGAAGUCGAUUUUAUCGUUUUUGCGUUCAAUACAUAUAGAUUAUGUGUCCCGAAAAAUGCG